UUAUGGGAAUAGCGAUGUUAUGCUAAAUGUAAACAUAUUGUUUAUUGUUUAGUUGUUAUAUUUUUAUCACGAGUCAAGGUUGACUUAUACUACAAAAUGGACCAGGAGACUGCAAAGAAACUUCUUAUAGAAGCUGGCACGUUUGUAUUUCUUGGUGUUCCACAGGAGACCCAAUUUGGGAUCGAUAUGCAAUGUUGGAAUACUGAUGAAGACUUUCGUGGUAUCAAAAUGAUACCACCUGGCUUGCAUUACAUACACUAUUCUGGUGUUAGCAAAGGCACCGGAGAUGUGUCCCCGAGGUCUGGAUUUAUGCAUUACUUUCAAAAGAAAGAAUUUCUUGUAAAGCUGUGGGAUAAAAAUGUUGAAGACAUGAGUAAAGAUGAGGUCACAGAUGAGAGUAUUCAGCGCUUAAAAGAUAACUUGCUAACAUUGGAUAGGCAUUUAGGUCCUUAUCCAUAUGAUAUUUGGCAAAAGUGGAAACUACUAUCGUCACAGAUUACAGAGGACUUGGUAAAUAGAUUUUCACCAGAGAGUGGCCUAAUUAGAGCAUCUGUGGAAUUAUUAUCAACUUCCGAUAAAGACAGACCAAGAGGAGUAAAAACAUCAAUAGAUACUGAAGAUAAGAAUAAGGAAACCCCAGGACAAUCAGAUGCAAAGCGUGCCAAACGCAUCACUGCUGCUGAGAAGGAAGACUCAAUGUUGCCAAAUUUACAACCAGUGCCAGGAGCAUCGUUAAGAUUCACAGAGAUACCACAUGAUAAGUUUCCACCGGGUUCGACUCCAGAAGAAAUCACCAAACAUUACCUUGACCAGUCAUACACACUUGAACUAAUGAUUGCACAACAUGUUGAACCCCUUCACAUAAUAGGUGAGCUCCAAUUCGCAUAUUUAUGCUUCCUUAUCGGUCACUCCUUGGAAGCAUUUGAACAUUGGAAGAAUUUAGUGAUACUAUUUUGCUCCUGCGAUGAGGCAAUACACAAAUACCGUUCAGUGUACUUCCAUUUCAUUCGCACAGUUGAAGUGCAAAUAGAAGAAAUGCCAGAAGAGUUUCUAGCUGAUAUUGUUAUGAACAAAAAUCUUGUUUACAAGAAACUUCGGGAGUUUUUUAAAACGGCCUACACAAGCAAAGUCGAUGGCCGCCUCUUGACAAUGAUUGAGCGGUUUAAAGACAACUUAACGGACAAAUUACAAUGGGAUUUUACAGGAUUGGACAAAGAUGAGGAAGAUGAGAGGCCGGUGAUAGUCAAAAUUGAUGAACCAGAGGAUGAUUAGAUGUCCAAGAAAGCUCAUUUAAGUCGAGUGUUGUAUGAAAUCUAUGAACAUUUAAGAAUAUAUAGUCGAAGCUUUAUGAACUGAAGCUUCCGGUCAUAAAUCAUAUUUAUGUCUGUCUCCAUGUGUGUAGUGAUCUGCGUAAGAAUUGUAGAUAUGCAUACCGAUAACAGGAGAGGUACGAUCGAUAUGCUAAAUUAUUAUUAUGUUAAAUUAAUAAAAAUAAUUUUUCCUAUCUGAAAAUAUAAAAAAAUACCGUAUUAAGCUUCAUGUUAAAGACACGACAAGUUACACUCUAACAUAAUUCUAGAAAAUAAAACUUAGGCCAAUAAAAUGGGAAGGGAGAAACGGAAUACUAACACAUUCCGCUUUUUUAAUAUUAAUUUCCACGCGGAAAUAUUUUAACGUAUUCCAAUUGGAAAACACUUAAUAUUUGUUGCAAUGAUUACCAGAACAUAUCUUUAAUGUUUUACGAAUUUUCAGGCAUUCGUAAGUGAUGUUUAUAUUAUGUACUGUGUACAUUUUAUAUGUUUUAUCUGUAUAUAGUUCCUCUCUUUAAUUUAUGUAAAGGACGUCAUUUGUGAUUUUAUCAUAUGUACCUAAAGGUAUGAAAUAUGAAUCCUUUAUAUUUGUAAAGAAAAAGAUUUUUCUAUUGCAUAUCUUUAGUAAAUAAACUCUACUUGAAAUAA